GUUGGGUGCCGUCGUUGCCGCGCGCGCCCCCAAGAUGGCGUGUGUGCUGGAGACGCCGCUCCGCAUGAGCGUCCUCUCGGAAGUAACUGCUAGCAGUCGCCAUUAUGUUGACAGAUUAUUUGAUCCUGAUCCCCAGAAAGUCCUGCAAGGUGUCAUAGAUAUGAAAAAUGCUGUAAUUGGAAACAACAAACAAAAAGCGAACUUGAUUGUUUUGGGAGCAGUUCCAAGGUUGCUGUAUUUGCUUCAGCAAGAAACCUCCAGCACGGAACUGAGAACUGAAUGUGCGGUAGUGCUAGGAAGCCUUGCGAUGGGUACAGAAAACAAUGUCAAAUCUCUACUAGACUGCCAUAUUAUCCCAGCCUUAUUGCAAGGAUUGCUGUCACCAGAACUGAAGUUUAUUGAAGCUUGCCUCCGAUGUCUUCGUACCAUUUUCACCAGCCCAGUAACUCCAGAGGAACUAUUGUAUACAGAUGCUACAGUUAUCCCCCACCUAAUGGCACUGCUUAGUAGGUCUCGAUAUACACAAGAAUACAUAUGUCAGAUCUUCUCACAUUGCUGCAAACUUCGACACUGGCAUAGCUGCGGCUUUAAAUCAUCGCCUCAGCCACUUCUAUGUGCCAAUGGUCCAGAUCAUCAGACAAUCUUGUUUAACCAUGGAGCAGUUCAGAAUAUUGCUCACCUAUUAAGUUCCACGUCCUACAAAGUUCGAAUGCAAGCAUUGAAAUGCUUCUCAGUUCUAGCCUUUGAAAACCCCCAGGUAUCAAUGACUCUUGUAAAUGUUUUGGUUGAUGGAGAAUUAUUACCACAGAUUUUUGUGAAGAUGUUACAAAGGGACAAGCCUAUUGAAAUGCAGCUCACAUCAGCCAAAUGCCUUACUUACAUGUGCAGAGCAGGAGCAAUCCAGACAGAUGAUAUCUGCAUUGUUUUAAAGACACUGCCAAGUUUGGUUCGGAUGUGUAGUAAGGAAAGAUUGUUGGAGGAACGAGUAGAAGGAGCCGAAACACUUGCCUAUCUAAUUGAAACAGAUGUUGAGCUCCAGAGAAUCGCCAGUAUUACAGACCAUCUUAUUGCAAUGCUUUCUGACUACUUCAAGUAUCCCAGCUCAGUCAGUGCAAUUACCGAUAUCAAAAGGCUUGACCAUGAUUUAAAGCAUGCUCACGAACUGCGCCAGGCUGCGUUCAAGCUGUAUGCUUCACUUGGAGCAAAUGAUGAAGACAUCCGGAAGAAGAUCAUUGAGACUGAAAAUAUGAUGGACCGAAUUGUGAAUGGCUUGUCUGAGUCUAGUAUCAAGGUGCGGCUAUCUGCAGUCAGAUGUUUGCACAGUUUGUCCCGGUCUGUGCAGCAGCUACGGACAAGUUUCCAGGAUCAUGCCGUAUGGAAACCCUUAAUGAAGGUGAGUCGAAAAAUAGCAAGAAUCAUACACUUGGAAGUGGAUGUGAUCUGUUCAUCACUGUGUGUUUUUUCCUGUUCAUUACAGCCUAUUUUAGAAUCAGGAGCCAUAGAACUUCUAUGUAGUUUAACCCAGAGUGAAAAUCUUGCUUUGCGAGUGAAUGGCAUUUGGGCUUUAAUGAACAUGGCAUUUCAAGCAGAACAAAAGAUCAAAGCAGACAUCUUACAAGGUUUGAGUACAGAACAAUUAUUCCAGUUACUCUCUGAUUCAGAUGUAAACGUGCUAAUGAAAACUUUGGGACUGCUCAGAAAUCUUCUGUCUACUCGCCCACAUAUAGACCAGAUAAUGAGCACCCAUGGAAAGCAAAUCAUGCAAGCAGUGACUCUUAUUUUGGAAGGGGAGCACAAUAUCGAGGUCAAGGAGCAGACAUUAUGUAUACUUGCCAACAUAGCAGAUGGAACAACAGCAAAAGAACUCAUUAUGACCAAUGAUGACAUCUUGCAGAAAAUUAAGUAUUACAUGAGUCAUUCGAAUGCUAAACUUCAGCUUGCUGCCAUGUUUUGCAUAUCUAAUCUCGUAUGGAAUGAAGAAGAAGGUUCACAAGAACGCCAAGAUAAACUACGAGAUAUCGGAAUAGUAGAUAUUCUACACAAACUGAGUCAGUCAUCAGAUCCAAAUCUUUGUGACAAGGCGAAGACAGCACUCCAGCAGUAUCUUGCAUGAUCAAAGACUAAGUGAAUCUUUGGACACCCCUCGUGUGUUUAAGGACUAAAAGGAAAUAGCCUCAACUGAUUCCUUAUAUUUGCACAAGUCACCUUGGGCUGCAUUUCUCUCAGGUGCAGGGAGCUGCUUUGCAGAAACAGUUUAGGUGAUCAGGUCUCCAAUGCACUUGAACUUUUUUGAGGUAGUUCUUUACUCAGAGGACUAUUGUGGAGGGUUUUGUUUUUGUGUUUUUUCCUGAGCUACCUGGACUCUCUAAUAGAACAAUCAAUCAUCAUUUUCUUUUGGGCCUACAAUUUUCUGCUUUUGCUGCAGCCUGCGUGUGUGUUUGGGUGUAUGUGUGAGUGUGAUACCUCAAAAUUUUGUUUUCCUUUUUUGUGUGAAAAUCUUUUUCUACACAUUUUCAAGGGUUAACCAUUGUUUGCUGUAUGAAUACUUUAAUGAAUUAUAUACAGUUUGAAUGAAAUGUUAUUUAAAAAAACACACUGUAUCCCAUAAAGUUUAUUUUGAAUUUUGAACAGGUGAAUGUUUUUAAGUAAAACAUAUGCAUUUCUGAACCUAAGCUUAACUUAUAUUCCUUUUUGAAGAGAAAAAUUGAGGAAUACAGUAGACUCAAAUAACAGCCAGCAUAUUCUGUGCUAUGAAAAAAUCUAAGAGAUAGCAUUUUACUGCCCCACAGUCAACAGGUACUAAUGUCAUUUUCAGCUCAGUAGAAUGGGUCAAAAAGAUUAUUUGGGGUUUUUAAAUGUUUAGAAGACAUGGGUGGACUCUCACUCUCACCAAUUGUAUAACUGUUGUGUUGAUCUUCUGCCAAAAAGAAAUAUGUGGAUGUAAUAUCAGCACUGGCUUGGGUGAAUGAGCCUAUUGCUGUGAAAUCCAAGAUCUUGCUGAGAUUAUUGCUGAAAGAUUGGCUUGUCUCAGUGAUAAGGAACACCAGCUGACUGUGACACCAAGAUACGUCAAACAGGUAGCACGUUGCAAGACUUGUACUUUCAAGAUACCAAAAGGACCUGGCAAGUUAUGGCUUAAGGGACUUGUUUGGUCAUACAGAUCAGUUCACUGCUAUAUAAAAUAUUUCUCCAUAAUAUUAGCUGAAUAGGUUAGAUUGCAGGAGAAUGGACACGUUAUUAGAAAAUUAUCUCCCAGUGACAUUGCUAUAGUAAUAGCAAUAUAUAUACAGACAUAUCCAGGAAUUCAUAUACAUGGAUAAUAGCCCAGAUUUUACUGCAUUUAAAGGAUCAGGUUAUCAAAACCUGGCCUUUGUCUGUGUGCCUACAAUUUGUGGGCACCUAAAAUUGUGGCUUUAGUUAUUUGUAGAAACAGCAUUUACCUUCCUCAUUGCAGUCAGAUACUUGGACUACUAAAUGGCUGAAAUUAUGCCUGUAAUUAAAUUGUGGUGAAAUAUUGUGUCUGCAAGAAUUCAUAUCCACUCAAUUGUGGGCAGAGAAAGGGAAAACCAUUUAAGAUUAUGCUGAAAAUCAGACCCUACAUUUUUACUGAAUUCAGCUUCAGGAGUUAAAUGUGUGUAGAAAGAAGUGAGUGCAGCAAGAAGCUCUCCCAGACUGCAAUUCAGGGUUACUACUUUCCUCCUGCAGUACAUUUACCAUCUGCUUCCUGGUUUUCAGUUUAGGGAAUGGCAUUAAUAGAGUCAAAAUCCUCACACGCUAUGUCUACUUAGCACUAAAGGGCAAACUGAAGAAUUCAACUCUACCUU